AUGCCGGCCACGACAGCAGUGUCGGUGUCAAGGCACAGGAGGAAGUUCAUCCUCUGCUUUGAUGGCACAGGCAACAAGUUUUCAGGCACUGAUGCCGAUUCGAACAUCCUCAAGAUAUACAGGCUUCUAGAUCGCAACGAGGACGACCAAUUUCACUACUACCAGCCAGGCAUUGGUACCUACAUCGUUACGUCUUCUAGGAAAGAUGUUUCACAUUCCGGCAAAUUAGACAGACUCAAAAGCUGGUACAUCAAAGCAAAAGAUAGCGCUAUCGGCACUUCGUUCGCCGAACAUGUUAUGGGCGGCUACAAGUUUCUCAUGCGAUACUACAGCCCUGGAGACGACAUUUUCUUUUUCGGUUUCUCGAGAGGAGCCUAUACCGCACGGUUUCUAGCUGAGAUGCUUGAUCAUGUUGGAUUGUUAUCCGCAGGAAAUGAAGAGAUGUGUCACUUUGCUUGGAAAACAUUUCAGCGAUGGCAAUGCCGACAAGAGCGUAACGAAAUGGAGAAACGACAAAAGCGGUACUUACUCGACUUCAUGUGUGCUUUUAGGGAAACCUUCAGUCGACCUGUGAAACCUAUCCGUUUUUUGGGACUUUUUGACACUGUCAAUAGCGUACCGAGUUUCGAAAAUGCAUGGAUGCAACGCAGUAAAUUUCCAUACACCGCGAGGAGCUCCGCAAGAGUUAUUCGUCACGCCGUGUCAAUUGACGAGCGGCGGGCCAAGUUCCGACAAGACUUGAUAUCUCAAGUUCGGCCGAAUAGUUCCAAUUACUACAAACGCCGACGGCGUGAGCCUGCUUCUACCCUACACACACUUGAUGGACUCGAUGAACAACGGAGGGGCAGGAGUCCUGUAAAGCCGAGUGGCCGACGUGAAACACUGGCUGUUCCUGGAGGAACUCGCGAUUUUUCCCAAGUAUCUGCGGGCAUGAGGAACGCGGGUGUAGCUCAUACGGGAUUGAAUUCGGCAGCUACAUCUCUGUCUAACCUUUCUCUAGAUGUCAUCCAGAAUCGCGAAAAAUAUGAUUCCGACGACGAGGGAGAGCAGGAUAUCAAGGAGGUUUGGUUCGCGGGUUGUCACGCGGAUAUCGGGGGUGGUUGGCCCUUGCUUCCAGGAGAGGAUGCUGCCCUCAGUCAUGUCCCAUUAGUUUGGAUGGUCCGGGAAGCUCAACGGGCAGGCAUGCAGUUCGAUGAGAUCAAGCUUCGUGCCCUUAAUUGUGGCCAUCCAGAAUCGAUACCAGCAUCCCCAGGGCACCACGAAACAGUCGCCCCAGUACCAACCAUCGCACUUGAUACCGCCUCCCCGAGCCCUACUGGUGCGGGUGAUCGUGACCUCUCUCCUUUUGGCCGACCUGAUUCACUCACUGCUAGUGGACAUUAUCACACUAAAUUCCAUCAGCACCUGCACGCUGCGGCAACUCGUGGCAAGAUCCACGACGUCCUCCAGUUUGGGAAUGGAGCGACACGACUGGGGACUAUGUCUUGGAAAUGCCUAGAAUGGUGCCCUAUAAGAAGAAUGGACUUACAAGAAGAUGGUAGUUGGAAGGCGAUUUCCUGGCCACUUCCUAAAGGCGAAGUUCGCGACAUUCCCGACGACGCGUUGAUCCACGGUAGUGUCAUCAAACGCAUGGAAACAGACGAUGCGUACCGGCCAGGUAACUUGAUUGUUGGGGGCGGCGGUAGAGGGGUACGCAGAGCCCCGGCUAAUAUGGGCAUGGGGAAAUGGGUUGCCGCUCAUGAGGAAGGGCAUGCUGUUGGCGAGCUGUUCAUUCGAAAAGAGAAGCCGGCCCGAAAGAAAACUGAGGAACAAGCAAAGUCAUUGGCCUUGACUCCAAGUGGACCUCAAGGUACGUAUUGCCCCGCUAUAAAGUUGGUAUACGCGGCUUACAGUGCACGCGGUGCUUAG